AUGGCAGCUGCUACACCGUCCUCUUUUACCACCGCGCAUGACUACCCGUUUACUCCAAAGUCAGCCUUAGUUUCGCCUUUUGCUCAAGAUUUUGCUCAUUUUACCGAAACUCCACAAGAUAAACUUAUGCCCGUCGCCGUCGAACCUAUUGAGGAAGCAUCCAAGUGCUCUUCGUCCAAUUCCGAACGACCUUCACUUCCUGAAGGCAGCAUUCACACUUCCGUGCGUCUGCAGGAUACCGAGACCGAAGGCAAACCCAGCAUCUAUUUAUUUAUUUUUGUCAAUCCGCUUUCAGGAGACCAGAAAGGCGCAGAUUUGAUCCAACUUCCCAUUCAGCAUUUCCGUCUUCGACGACUGCCACAAGUGCAAGUAGAAAUUCAUAAUAUCCUUGACGCUGAAGAUCGCGAAAAAGGCUUGGAACAGGUUAUGCUCAUCCAAACCAUGGCCAAACUGGGCAAAAUACCGCCUAUUCCUGACGACGACGAGGAAUCCGAAGAAGGAAUCCACGCUUCCCCUUCAUCUCCCUCCGAUAGGGCUUCCAAAAGUACCGGCUCCAGUACGUCCAAAAGCACCAAGACCCCGAAAUCCGCUCCCGAAGCCAACGGUCGACUCUCCAAAACCGUCCGCACACGACAAAUCCAUGUCUGGAGUGCAGGCGGUGACGGUACCGUUAUGAGCGUAUUUGAAAUGCUGGUUGGAUGCAAGAUUGACCUUGACUUGAUUUUCUUUUCUUGUAUCCCGUUUGGUACUGGCAACGAUUUUAGUCAAGUUCUCGGUUGGGGUCGCACCAUUCCUAAUAAAGAUUUGCUUGGAACGAGAUUACAGAAUCUGGAAUCGCUGAUCUGCGACCGUCUCGAAAAGGCUGAAGCCGCGCGAUUGGAUAUCUGGCAAAUCGAAAUGGAAUCGCAUCCUGGCGGUUACGUGCGUCAAGCAGGACCGAAAAACCGAAAAGACGGUCAUGAUGUGGCCGAAGUGAAAGGUGACAAGGAAGUUCACGAUCCCGUAGAGGGCGACUUGCAAAUUGUUCGAAAAAUGUGCAAUUACAUGUCCAUUGGCGUCCAGGGCUACGUUGGCAGUGGAUUUGAAGAACAUCGUGCCGGCAAACGUUUGGCCAACAUGCUUGUGUAUACGAGUGAAAGUUCCAAAUGGGUGUUUUGGCGUCGAUUCCCUUCCGUGACAGAAUUCAUUGACUCUAUUGUUCAAAACGGUAAACAAGUGCUUCGUUGUCCUUCACCGGCCGAAGCAGCGGCCGCAGCCAAGUCCAACAACGCAUCGGCCACGAGCGUCUCCACCGACUCCAGCCCUCUGCAACCGAUGCCCGAAAUGACCAAACAUCCGAUUGAUUUCGUGAUACAAAACAUCCCGCAUAUCUGGGGACGUGAAGUGGAUUUGUGGGGUGAAGCCGAAUCGGGCCUGGAAGUCGUCAAGGAUCGAAAUGGUCCUACAGAUCCCAAGACUUGGAAACCCCAGCGAGCGAACGAUGGGCGUUUGGAAAUCUUGGUCAUUGAUAACAUGAUGUCUUACAUCAAAAAGCUCGCCAACAUCCGAAGCCAUGUGUCACGUAUUGGACAAUUUAGCUCGCCGUUUGAAAUUCGAUUCCGUGAACCGCCCAGUACCAGUAAGAAACACAAAUCGAUGAUGGCGUCCAUGAAGCAUCGAUGGGGUCAACGCAAACGCAACAAGUAUGAAAAGAAGAAUGUCAUUUGUCUGAUGUGUGACGGUGAAUUUUACGACUUUAAAGAUCCCAAAUCCAUGCGAUUUGAACUCUACGCCCAGAUUUGGACCUUGGGUCGCAGCGACGAAGAAGAGCAAGGCCGCUUAGUGCAAGAUGAAAUCGGUCAAAGCCAAGACACCACGGCGUAA